GUAAACUUUGACCGGGCUCUACACAACUCGUGACUAUCACGAAGAGGAAGAAAUGUGGCUUAGUGCAGGGUUGGUGUUGCUGCUGCUUUUGUAUUUUAUGUUCAGAAGAUUUCGCCGGGCGCCCGUGAGUCCCAAUCCUUUCGCUACUGACACCAGCAGAGCCCCAGCGCCUCUGGUGUGCGACCAAGAAGCGAGGAAGCAGGUUCUCCACAAAGGUUUUUCUGCAAAUAAGGUUCCGGGCCAUUUGGACGCUAUUGUGAUCGGCAGUGGAAUUGGAGGCCUAACAGCGGCAGCAAUAUUGGCAAAGUCUGGCAAGCGUGUUCUAGUGCUGGAGCAACAUGACCAAGCUGGAGGAUGCUGUCACACCUUCAUUAAAAAAGGCUUUGAAUUUGAUAUCGGAAUUCAUUAUGUAGGACAACUCCAUGAGCGGUCCUUACUGCGGAUUCUAAUAGACCAGAUCACAGAUGGACAACUGGAAUGGGUGAAAAUGGAUGAUGUGUUUGACCAUGUAGUCCUGGGGGAGAGUCAGACUCGACGCACGUAUCAGUUGUGCAGUGGAGAGAAAAAUUAUCAACAUUGCUUGCAGACGCAGUUUCCUCAGGAAAAAGAAGCUAUUGAUAAAUACCUGAAACUUAUAACGAUGGUCGCAAAAAGAUUACCGCAGUUAGUUAUAAUAAAAAUGAUCCCUCUUCGUCUGGCCAGGUUCCUCAUCAGGACUGGCAUCAUCCACUGGUUCACAUCAGUUUUCAAGCUGGCUUCUACAUCGGUUUCAGAUUUGGUGAAUAGCCUGACAAAAAAUAAAGACCUUCGAACCGUCAUGUGUUACAUCUGUGGGGAUUAUGGUGUCAUGCCGAGAGAUGCCAGUUUUCUCAUGCACGCCAUUGUUGUGCAGCACUACCUGAAAGGUGCGUGGUACCCAAAAGGAGGGGCCAGCGAGAUUGCCUUUCACAUAAUCCCGGUUAUUAGGAAAAGUGGAGGAGAUGUCCUCAUGCGGGCUCCUGUUCAACGUAUACUAGUCAACGAAAAUGGUGAAGCAUAUGGUGUGACGGUGAUGAAAGGUGAAGAUGAAAUCAACCUGUUUGCUCCCAUUGUGAUUUCUGAUGCAGGAAUAUUUAAUACUUAUGAGAAACUGCUACCUUGUGAAGUGCAAAGUAAACCAGCAAUCCAGGCCCAGCUGAGCUCGGUACAACAUGGAAUGGGAGGGUUCAGCGUUUUUGUCGGUCUCGAUGGCUCGAAGGAAGAGUUGGGGUUGAAAGCAGCAAAUUACUGGUUCAUUAAGGAAAACAAUAUUGAUGAUUUAUUCAUUAAAUACUUUUCACUCAAGGAUGAAGAUCUAAUCCAAAGACAUCCAAUGAUGUUUGUCUCCUUUCCGUCAGCUAAAGAUCCAUCCUGGGAUGACAGAUUUGCAGGCAAGUCCAGUAUGGUUAUAAUUACAUUUGCACGCUAUGAGUGGUUUGAAAAAUGGAAAGAUGAACGUGUGAAGAAACGAGGAGAAGACUAUGAGAAUUUAAAGAUGGGCAUUGCCAGAGGGUUGAUAGAGCAAACCACUGAGUACUUUCCACAACUCAAAGACAGGAUUGAGUAUAUCAAAGUCGGCUCUCCACUGAGCAAUCAGUUCUACAUUGCCGCUUCAUGUGGAGAAAUGUACGGUGCUAAUCAUGAUGUGUCCCGUUUUGCUGUAGAGACUAUUGCCACCUCUAGAGCAAAAACACCAAUCAAGAACCUUUAUUUAACAGGUCAGGACGUAUUUUCGUGCGGUUUCAUGGGAGCCAGCCAAGGAGCCCUCAUCUGUGCAUCUGCCGUUCUUCAUCGCAAUCUUUACUGGGAUAUCGGGAACCUAAAGAAGAAGAUCAAAAAAGAUGAAAGCAAGAAGAAAGUUUAACAGUGCAAAGAUAGCUCAACAGUGCAUUGUUAAGGUUUUUACUCCUCCUGCUUUAUUAAUAAAAAGCUUUAUUUCAGACACAGGUCCAGAUAACACAUCAUACAGUAUAAGGAGAUACAAAAAAUACGUUAUAAAUUGCAUACUAGCCUAUAAGAUAUACAAGCUAUUGCACCAAUGCCAUCUUAGCCUAGAAGUGAAUCUAUAGCAGCUUUUUAGAGGGCUGACUAGGGCUUCAAUUAUGUGGUUCUCUGACUUGUCCAGGCGACACAUAAAACUAAACAUCAGCUGUCUUAAGAGUGCCUCACAGGUUGGCACCCUAGUGGACACAAACAAUUGACUGGCACUAUGCCACCUCGGGACACGAAGCAGCAACCUCAUGGCAUCAUUGUAUGCUACCUUGAGCCUCUGCAUACUCUUUUUCUUAUAGUUAGACCACAAUUGAGCAGUAUAUAACGGUGUGAUAUAGGGUCUGAACAAGGAACACUUCACAGAGUCAGAGCACAUAGAAAACUUCCUUAUAAUUAUGUUAGCUUGAAAAUAAAUGUUACAGCGCUGUCGGUAGAGGUCUUUGUCAUCUGUCCAGUCAUCAAAUAUGACAUGACCUAGGUAUUUAAUUUCCUCACACACAGCAAGAGGACUGUCUGACAAAUAAAAGGUCGGAAAAGUUGAUUUCCUGUCCUCAGCGCUUCUAACUAUCAUUAUGCGGCUUUUCUUAGCGUUAUACUUUGUGUCAUAAUCAAGGCCAUACUGAGAGCACACCUUCAACAUCUGCUGCAGCCCAGCACCCAGGACCAGGUUGUCUGCAUACAUAAGAUGAUUAACAAUAGUGUUGCCCACAAGACAGCCAGUUUUUAACCUAUUUAACUGAUUUGAUAAUUCAUCCAUAUAAACAUUAAAUAAAAUAGGAGACAAAAUUCCUCCUUGCCGCACUCCGUUACUAACACAGAAUGGAGCAGAUACAACAUUGUCCCAUUUAACCUGAAACGUUUGACAGGCAUACCAAAACACUAAAAUUCUCACUAAAAAUUUAGGGGCACCUCUAUCUAGCAAUUUUACAAACAAUUGUUCAUGAUUAAUUCUAUCAAAUGCCUUGGACGCAUCAAUAAAACAUAGGAAUACAGAUGAAUUCAGGCUUGUGUACCUGAACACAAUCUCUUUAAGAGCAUAGAUGCAGCAGCAUCUCCAUAGAUGCUGCUGCACCCGCUGAGUUUCUCCAGCUUUUCUGUGUAACCCUCUUUAAGAGCAUUCUCUUUAAGAGUCUGAAGAAGGGUUUUGGCCCAAAACGUCGCCUAUUUCCUUCGCUCCAUAGAUGCUGCUGCACCCGCUGAGUUUCUCCAGCAAUUUUGUGUACCCUCUUUAAGAGCAUAGAUACACUGGUCAGUUCCAUGUUUUCUUUUGAACCCAAACUGAUUGUCAGUAGUAAGGACAUACAUUUCUAGCUUUGUUAGCAGUAUUCUCUCCAGUACUUUAGACAAGAUACUGGCUAAUGCAAUAGGUCAAUAAUUGUCAAUACUGUUGAGCUUACCAGCCUUGUCUUUAAGCACAGGCACUAACAUUACAGACAUAAUAGCAUUUGGCAGGACACCAUGAACCAGACAACCAUUAAAGCACAUGGAAAGCAAAGGGCAGAGCUUAUAGCUGGCAUAUUUUAGAUGUUCUGCAGUAAUGCAGUCCAUACCGCAGGCUUUGUUGUUAUCCAACAUGUUAAUGGCAUCAUAGACAUCUGCUGCCCUAACUAUCAUAUCUGCUGAGAGAUCAAUAUGUUCAUGAUUGAUUCUAACUGGGUUACUUUUAACACAAUUAAAAAGGUUACGGUAGUGCUCAUGCCAAAUCUCAGCUAUUUUUUCUGGGCUACUAACACCUUCAAUGUCAGACGGUAGGGGUGUUUUAUUGUUAUUCAUUACUUUGACCUCUUUCCAGAAGUUAGUAAGGUUGUUGUUCUGUAGCUUUCUGGCAAGCGAGUCUGCUCUCAUUGUGUUUUCAUUUUUCUUAAUAACACGAAGUGCAUACUUAACUCUAGCAUUUGUGCGUUUUUUCAUAUCUAGCAAUACCCCCUGUCUAGGCCUACCUGCCUCUGACCAGAGUCUAAAGGCCUCUCUUGCCUCAGCGUACUGCUCAGCCACAAACUCAUUCCACCCAGGUCUGAUGUUGGGUACCUUACAUUUACUUUUACGAAAGGGUUCACUGGAAGCAUUGAGACAUUUCACAAUAACAUCAUACAUGGCACAGAGUUUUUCAGCAUGUUGCACAUCCUUACAAUUCAUAUCUGAGCACAUUAGGGCCUCUUGAGGCAAUGCAAUAUUAUUUAAAAAACUGUCCGUUCGCAGUGAGUAUCCAGCCAUAACCUCUCUGCUCAGUUUUGACCAGUCCAGUUUACUUGAGGAAGCAACGUCAUUAUUACUGGACUGCAGGGGGACAUUCUCAACAUUUAACCGUGCAGCAAUAGGUAUGUGAUCAGAGGUGGCAAGUUCAUAACAAAUCUCCACAUUUUCCAGUGAGGCAUGAGCAUCAGCUGUGGUCACAAUAUGGUCUAACCAAGAUGUUGUGUGCCACGCUUCACUAACAUAGGUAAAACGUGUGUCAGGCAACAGCUUUACUCGAUAGAAUUAAUUUAGACUCAUUACAAAACUGCUGCAGGUGUGUUGCAAAUAAAGAUUUGCUAUCUGCCAUGUCAGCAUUAAAAUCACCCAUGACGUAGACACAGGAUGAGCUGUUGUCCUCUAUGAAGGACUGAAUAAAAGCUAAUCUGUUCAGAAAUUCGUCCUCAUGCUCAUAUGAUUCAUACGGUGUAUAAACAUUUAAGACAGUAAACUUCUUUUCAUUAUAAUUACACUCUAGCCCUAUGGCCCAGUCAACAUAUUGAUAACCUGCACUGACGUCCAAUUCCUAAGGGAUGUCAAAGACUUUGAACAUGUUUCUUUACAGAGCCACAGUUUUGGCACUGGGACAAGCAUCAUUGUAGAAGCAACUUUCUGAACCAACAUACAGAAGAUAACUGGACGAGUAACAUUUUGCUUAACAAAUCUAGAUCUAAUUGUAAUUUGCACGCAACUGAUUUUUAAUCCAUAUUAUCCAUUAACACGAGCAAACUCAUUUAUUUUGCUUUCAGUUUUCGGAAUUCACAUUUCAGAUUAUUAAUCAUGUAAAAAUUAAAGAGCAAUGAUUUGCAAGUAAAUGGGUAGUUUUGAAUUUAGACUUGAAGAAUUAACUCCUGUGUUAAGUAAACUUGAAGAGCUCGCACAUAAAGAAAGGAAUUACAGAC